UAUCGUAUGCCAAAAAUAUCCGAAGUCAGUCCCAUUAAUUGGAAGGUAAAGUGUUUCCAGGUUUGUAAGAAACGAGGAGAAGAGUCUAGAAAUCCACUAAUUUUCGACUGGCGCGUACGAUUCACGGUCGAGAACCUCAGGUGUACCCAGUUCGGUUAUUCGAGGCGUGGGCGAUCCAGAACGAGUGGCAGCGCGCAAAAAGAAAGGAAGAAGUCUGGAUGGGCUAAAAGAUAUCAAUCGCACGGCACCGAAACCCCGACGGCGUUCGUGAAACGCGAACGUCACGUGCAAUUAAGCAUCUAUAAAGCUAAAUUAUUUAUUCAUUACCGGUGUUUUGCAACGAACCAGAAGAUUUGUAUCUGUCAUUGUGCGAUGCGUUGAAGUUUUAUUAUUAUUUGAGUGUUUCGUUUUAUUUUACUCUUUAACAGUAUAUUUCAUGUCAGUCUUAUCUAUUAGUUAGUCUAGUGACGAACAGUAAUGUAAAAGUUUAAUUAAUAUUUGUAUUCGACUUGAACUUAAAUUGUACGUACAGGGAGAAUAAUAUUAUCUUAAAAAACACCUAAUAGAAAAGCUCAUCCAGUCACGAUGUAUAGACAAAAAAUCGGAU